AAACCACUCAGAAAUAAAUCCUCAGAAAUCAUUAGAAAUAAGCACAGUUACAAGAUGCUUUCAAAUCUACAGAGAUCCAUCUGGCCCAUAUCUACCUUGUCUGUGGUUAGAGCACUGCACAAAUCUGUGCUGGAUGUGGUGGAGCGGCCUGUCCCUGAAGAGACUGUGACCAGCAGCUUUGGGAGGUUCAUCCAGAGUGUACAGCCAAGGCAUCUGACGCCAACUGUGCUCCAGCGCAGCAAGCGCAUGGUACUGGACAGUAUUGGUGUGGGUCUGCUGGGUAGCACCACUGAUGUGUUCGAGCUGUCCCUUCAGCACUGCCAGCACAUGUAUGCCCCCGAUGACAUCAGCUUUGUCUAUGGGCGCAGCGGUACCAAGCUCUCUCCAACCCUUGCUGCCUUUGUCAAUGGAGUAGCAGCUCAUUCCAUGGACUUUGAUGAUACCUGGCAUCCUGCAACUCACCCCUCUGGAGCAGUGCUUCCGGCUCUCCUUGCUAUUACUGAGAUGUUGCCCAGCAACAGCCAGCCAAGUGGUCUGGACUUCCUGGUGGCUUUCAAUGUGGGCAUUGAGAUCCAGGGUCGGCUGAUGAGGUUCUCCAAUGAGGCUCACAACAUUCCCAAGAGGUUUCACCCGCCUAGUGUCGUUGGCACUAUGGGCAGUGCUGCAGCCUGUGCCCGUCUGCUUUCCCUGGAAAAUUCUCAGUGUAGUAAUGCCUUGGCUAUCGCCGCUUCCUUAGCAGGUGCUCCCAUGGCAAAUGCAGCUACUCAGUCCAAACCCCUCCACAUCGGCAAUGCCUCUCGCUUGGGCCUAGAAGCUGCCCUCCUAGCUUCUCGUGGGCUGGAGGCAAGCCCCCUGAUCCUGGAUGCUGUGCCUGGGGUCGCUGGUUUCAGCGCUUUCUAUGAAGACUAUGUGCCAUGCCCUCUAGGAUCACCAAAGGGGGAGCACCGCUUUCUGCUGGAAGAGCAGGACAUGGCGUUCAAGCGAUUCCCAGCCCACCUUGGCAUGCACUGGGUGGCAGACGCUGCCUCCACUGUACACAAAUCUCUGGUGGGCCUCUCCGGAGGCACCAUCAACCCAAGCUUGAUGAACGACAUCCUGCUCAGAGUCCCUCACUCCAAGUACAUCAACCGACAAUUUCCACAGUCGGAGCACCAGGCACGCCACUCCUUCCAGUUCAACGCCUGCACCGCCCUGCUGGAUGGGGAGGUGACACCCUGGUCCUUCCAGCCGGAAGCGCUCAUGCGGCCAGAGCUGCAUGUGCUACUCAGCCGUGUCCGGGUGGAGCACCCACACGACAACCCUGCCAACUUUGACCACAUGUACGGAGAGGUGCAGGUCACGUUGGCAAGCGGGGACGUCCUGCAGGGCCGCUGUGACACCUUCUACGGCCACUGGAGGAACCCGCUCAGUGACGAGAGCCUGCACAAGAAGUUUUGCAAUAACGCCAGCACUGUCCUGGCCCCUGAGAAGGUAGAUAGACUUGCAGAGGCAGUGGAUGGGCUAGAGUACCUGGCUAAUUGCAAACCACUUCUAGCUCAGCUGCAGUAG